UUCAUACCGAUUGUUGAGCCGUUCUUGGCACACUGAUUUUGACUGCGGAUAACUCCGUUUACCUGAUCAGGAUAUGGGGCUCACGGCGGGUGUGACCGGUCAACAGGGGAUGCUUACUCCUCCUAGGCACCUGAUCCCACCUCUGGUGUGUCCAGGGGUCCGUGUUUGCCCAACUUUCUAUUUUGUAUUGCUUGUAGGAGUUAUGAGAUUGAUCACUGUUCGUUAUCUUCACCUUGCAUAUAAAAUACUGCUAAACUUUCACUUGAUUUCGAACUGUCAUUCGAAAUAUAAAUUUUUGCUGAAUGAUAAGUGAAUAUUCAUUUGAUUUCAGAUACUUGGGUCGCCAGCCGAAUGCUAAUUACAGGGAACGACUUGCGAAGAUCAGAGGUUCAACAGAAACUUUGCCAACUACCGAAACGUCCGCUAGAGGAACUGAAGACGUCAUUAAAGAAACAAUACAGCAACCAGCACAUCGUCCACCGGAAACCAAACCCAGCACAGUACCCACGGUACUACCAAAGAGCAUACUACCAGAACCUCCACCCAAACACUCUACAAUGCCAGAAAUCAAAAUAUCCACCGCGUCUCCGGAUGUAUUUGAGAUUGAUAACGAAAUAAAGAAUGAACAGGAAAGAAUAAAACGCCCAGGAACGUUGCCGCUCUUGGGAACUUCGUUAAACAAUAGACGCGCGUCUGUGUAUUUACAAAUUGCUGCUGUUGUUUCUAGCCCAGAGGAAGGGAGCGUGUCAUCUGAUGAAGUAGACUCCGAUGAGGAGGAAAAUCCUCAGAAACCAAGAAAAAUUUCCUCUCGAAGGAAAUCAUUCAUGACAUGGGUCAACGACAAGAAAAAACUGUUCCCCUCUCUUCGACAAGUGGCCAGUAAGUCGAAAGAUGAAGUCAGAAGACAGUCAUUUUUCUCUUGGGUAGAGUCCAGGGAGAUGGAAAAGCAGAGGGAAAAGCAGAAAAUGGAACUUGCCAUUUUGGAAGACGAGAGCGGCUUGAGUCACUUAACAGAUUCGGACUUACAACCUCGUGCUUCAAAUUUAAAGCGCAGUGAGAGUUUAAACAUCAACCCUUUCAAGGCUAAAGCUCGACAAUUAAUGCACACUUUGUCUUUCAUUCGCAAAGAACCCCUUAAUGUUAGACUUAAGAAGUUUUAUGCAAAACUGGAAGAAGUCAAGAUAAGGGACGAAAUGUCAAUGCCUGUGUUAAGUAGGAAUGGUUGCAGAAGCGUGCAAGAUCGAGUCUGAUCCUCAGGUCGUGUAUUCACUGUGCACAAAUAUUGUUCAAAUUAAUUUCAUUCGGAUCGAAUCAGUGCCACUAUAUAUUUGCUAGUUCAACUGUCAUGUAUUGUCUCGUUAUUAGGAGUACGAAAUGGUGUGUAAUUGACGACCUCUCUAUUAACGUAGUCAAGAUAUCUUCUCAUGCAAAUACAUGUAGAUAUAAAAGAGAUGUGGACUCUGACAGAUUAUUGUAUGUGGUUUCUUUUAGUUUCAAGAACAGGUUAUUUCGUUUCUUAAUGCAGAUUUUCAAUAUUAGAGAACACACUCAAUUAUAUGUGAU